AUGUCCAACGAGGCAGGGUCCGAAGAUCUCUCGCGCUAUCCGCAGCCCAGCGCAUCACAGUCAUUCGAAGUGGUAUCCAAACUCGAAUCUGUGCGAUCACGCAUAGCCUCUUCGAGUCAGACGCACGCAAGACGUCCUCCUCGUCUAGUCGCCAUUUCCAAGCUGCAUCCUCCUUCCAGCAUUCUAGCAGCAUAUCGAGAUGCCGAGCCUCGACAGUUGCAUUUUGGCGAGAACUACGCGCAGGAGUUGAGGGAUAAAGCCAAGGUACUGCCCAGGGGAAUCAGGUGGCACUUUGUUGGGAAUUUGCAAUCGAGCAAGGCAAAGAUGCUCGCCGGUGAGUUCUGCGUGGGCAGCUUGUGCAAGCGAGAAGAGUAGUAGGAGAUGAUCUGGGACGGAAACAGCCUGCGAGCUGAGAUCAGUUCCCUGCCUCUUGGCCGUAGCCAUCCCGAACCUAUACCUGCUGGAGACGCUCGACUCUGAAAAGACCGCUACCUUACUGGACAAGGCGCUAUCCAAUCGAACCCCUACCGGAUCGCAGUCCGAGUCCACCAGCGAGCCACUGCGAGUCUAUUUGCAGGUGAACACAUCGGGCGAACUGAACAAGUCGGGUCUACCGCCCCUCGACCUUCAAGGAUCCGACACUGCCAAGCAAUCUCCGCUCCUAUCUCUAGCAAAGCACGUCAUUCUCCAUUGCCCGAAUUUGACGCUUUCAGGUCUCAUGACGAUCGGAUCGCGGUCCGCUUCGGAUUCGCACGACUCGGAAGCGGAGAAUCAGGACUUUGCAACACUUCGGGCCACGCGAACCGCGCUGAUCGGUCAUUUGCGCUCAGAUUCCGAGCUGAGUUCAAACAAAGACGCAUCACGAAAGUACAGUGCUCUCCUCUCCUCCUCGGACUCCGUUGAGGAAGCUCAACGAGCACUAGAGCUGAGCAUGGGCAUGUCUGGAGAUCUGGACGCUGCUAUCAGAUCGGGAAGCGAUAAUGUGAGGGUAGGAACGGACUGUUUUGGACAGAGGAUGAGCGAUAGGGAUAAGGCUUAUGAGGCUAUGAAGCAGGAGAUGGAGUGGGAUGUGGAGAAUGGUAGACCUGGUCAGGUGAAUGGCGAGAAUAGAUAG